ACAAAGUCCAUUUCAGUUUCAACUUGCAAAAAUGGCCACCGAAUGCAGUUCAGGUGAGAGUUGGAAGCAACAGCCACCAUACCGGCACUCCAAAGAAGAUGCGGCCAAGUUUGACAAGAAGCAUGAAGCAAGUUGCCACUGCGGUCGGGUCAAAUACUGGUUGAGCCGCGACGCUCCCUUGGUUGCUAAAUAUUGCCACUGCAGAGGUUGUCAAGUCCUCCAUGGUGCACCGUUUCAGUGGGCCGCUAUCUUCCACAAGGAGGACAUGAUGUUUGAAAAUGGCACCGAUAACCUGGUAUUCUACCAAUCUGGAGAGCAAACCCUAGGUCAUGACUUGCCCUGUAAAGUGAGCUGUGCCUACUGUCGCUCGCCUAUCUUCGACGAGGGCCGGCGGAUGGCCUUGCUCUUCCCUACUCUUAUCAAGUUUGCGAACAAGGCAGAAAGGGAUGCCUUCUAUCCACAAUGUCAUAUCUUCUACUCGCAGCGUGUGGUGGACAUUCCAGAUGGCAAGCCUAAAUGGGACGGUAUCGAUGGGGAGGGGAGCCUCUUGAUGGAAAAUGUGGCUUAGGGCAAACAUGAUUGGUAAUACAAUACAUCAUUCAAACUCAACUAUGUACUUGAAAUCUUCUGAC